AUGACAGAUACUCAAACAAGUAGUAUUGGGUACUUUAAACAAUCAGACUGUUUUCAGACAACGUAUAAACCUUCAAAAAAGAUACAGUGUGUAUCAGAAUUAAGUGAGAAAGAUAAAGAUUUAGUUCAUCUAAGAUCUGAAAUUAAUUUGAGCGAAUUCAAAAAUAUUUGUUCCCAUCACAGCUACUACUUUCUUAAUGUGUUUGAAAGAUAUCAAACAAUCUGUGUAGAUCCCUUAAAAAAACACAAAAAGCCAAUAAAGAAAUCAUUAAAAAGUGUAUCUUUAAGUUUCUCAAAACAACUGAUUGAAAAAAAUAUUCACAUCAAAACUGUACAAAAGAUAUGUUCUACAUGUUGA